AUGGGAAAUCUUGUUGACAAGACUUAUACUGGUGUUUACCAUGUCAAUGUAACCCUUUAUUUUUACCCUUCUGUGAAAAAAAUGAAUCAUUUUGAGGAAAAAGCAGAAGGAUCUGGGGUUGGUUCUAAGGCUGAUUUGAUCCUACCCUUUUUGCGGCAUUUGCCAUUAAAUGAUGGGUUGUGGUAUGAGAUUGAGAAUGCUACUGAUAUUAAAGUGAAGGAAUUUGAAAUUCCCCUGAAUGCUUAUCGGGCUGUGUUGGAGGUGUAUUUGUCUUUUCAUGAGAAUGACAAGUUUUGGUAUGGAAACCCUCUGAACGAUUAUAUUGCAGCCAAUAAUCUUACAAAUUUGGGAGGGAAUGGACCUUUUACGGAAGUUGUGGUUAAUUUGGAUGGUGAAGUGGUUGGUGUUGUUUGGCCUUUUACUGUGGUGUAUACAGGAGGAAUUAAUCCUCUCUUGUGGAGACCCAUUAGCGGUUUUAGUGUUACAAAUGCUUUAAAUGUGUGGUAUAUUGAUGCUAAUUUGCAUAUAUGGUUGGAUAGUAAGAGCACUAACACUGAAGGGAAGCUUUUGGAGCAUGAUGUUGUUCCUCUUAGUGUUUCUACUUUUGCAGAUUUCAAGGGUUUAAAUGGAACAUUCAUUACAAAUACAACCAGGUUCAUAUCCUCGACUGGAUGGGUCAAGUCCUCUUACGUAUUUAUGCAAAGAAGCCAGGCUCUGAUGCUAAAUGCAAGAAAGCACUCAAGAGGUUUCUUUUUUACUUAUACUCAUGACUAUCUCGAUCAAGGAAAUGGAACUUCAUUUUCUGUAACAAAUGUCACAUUGGGAUUUGGUGAGAAGAAGUUUAAAGAUGCUGAUGCCAGGCUGCCUAGCAGUUCUCUCAGGAAUUUGCAGAAGGGACCGGGUGUUAUGGUUGUAAAGGACAACUUGGUUGUCGGUGGAGUGGGCAGUACCCAACAAACAUACAAUUAUGAUAGCAGUAAAUUUGCUACUCCAGGAACUAAGCAGCUCAAACUACUCCAUUCUGUAUGA